AUGGAGAACUCAACUCCAAUCAAAGUUAUGAAUAAUAUUCAUGCAUUAUCUAUCGCUGCCUUAAACGUUAACUCUUUAGUCUCAAAUAUUAAAAGAGCCGGCUUGCUCCAAUGUCUGAAUAAGCACUGCCCUGACAUCUUACUAACAUUAGCUAUAAAGGCUAUACUUGCCUCAGAAAUGACAGGCCUCAGAAUUUAUCCUAAAUGUCUGGCACAAGCGAUUUCCUUAGAAACAACCUGCAUCAAAAUUAAACUACCUGAUAAUCAUAAUUUAUACGUAAUUGCGGCCUACUCAACCGGAAACUGCAAAAAAGAAUUUAUACCCGAACUUGAAAGUCUGUUGGACGAACUAAAUCUGGAGAAUCAAAAGAAUUACUAUAUAUUAGCAGGGGAUUUAAACUGCAGACAUCCUGACUGGGGGAACUCAGGCUACAACCCGAGAGCCUCAGCUACUUUCCCAAACAACAACUCAUUUCUAGACAUCUGUUUAAUUGAUAAAAGAAUUAAACAUAGAUUCAAUUUCUACAAAGCAGACAGGGAGUCAUUCCAAAAGUCAAUAAACUCCAAAAUUAUCGAUGUAAAAAUCCCCCAUAACAGAAAUUUAAAUAAUGAAGAGAUUGAGAAUAAUCUAAAAACUCCCGAAAAAAUCAUAUUAGAUUCAAUAGAGGAGUCAGUCCCCAAAUGCAAAAAAUUUAACUCCGCAGAAAGAUUUUUGAAUAAAAAAAUCAAUAAACUCCAAAAACACAAAAGCUUUCUUAUCACCGAAAUUCACAAACUAAAAGCCAUCAACCCAGGGACAAAAUGUCUAAAACUGAAAAAAGUCAACAGACUAUUUAGAAGAAAACGCUCAGCACCAAUAGAUUCACUCAAAAUUCCGCCAAAUAAAUUAAAAAUAAUGGAAAACGCUAACCUCAACCCAAACGAAUUCAGAAAGGAUAAUACCAACAAUUUAUUGGUUAUCAAUCCCAAAGAUAAACUAGACAUAAUACGCUCUCACUUCGAACUAGCUAACAACCAGAAUGAACACUUGGGCAAGCCGGAACACAAAUCAUUAAUUGAAAAUAAAAUAAAUGACCUUAAAUUGGAAAUUGAAUCAGACAUUCAAGAAAAUCGAACGGUUGUUAAGUUUGACAAUAACCUAAAAUCCUCCAACCCCAUAGAGUGCCCAAUUCAGGAUUAUUUCACUAAUGAAAAUGAACUGAGGCAUCUGUUAUUAAAAAAAAUAAAUAACAAAAAAUCAGCAGGCCUAGACGGAAUCCCAAACACAAUAUUAAAAAAUAUUCCCAAUAAACUCAUUAAGCUAUAUGCCAUAAUCUUCAACAAGGCACUAAAUAAUAUGUAUUUCCCACAACAAUGGAAGCUAGCCAAAGUUAUUGCUUUGCAUAAAAAAGGUAAAGAUGGAUCUGACCCCUCAAGUUACAGACCUAUAAGCUUACUUCCUAAUAUUAGUAAAAUCUGUGAAAUCUUCAUUUAUAAUGCAAUACUUCAUCAUUGCAAUAAAAAUAAAAUCAUACCCGAACAACAAUUCGGAUUCAGGCACAAACACUCUACAAUUUAUGCUAUCAACAAGUUCACAUCGGAUAUUUGCUGGAACAUAAACGGUGGAAGUUGUGUAGGAGCGGUGUUUAUAGACCUAGAAAAGACAUUUGACACAGUAUGGCUAGAUGGACUUUUUUUUAAACUACUACAAAAAAAGUUUCCUUCACACCUCAUCAAAAUAAUAUGGAGCAUGGUCCAUAAUAAGAGCUUCAUCGUCUCAGAUAGAAAAGAAUGCUCAAAUAAAGCUUUCAAUGUCGCAAAUGGGUUACAACAAGGAACAGUUAAUUCACCUCUUUUAUUCAAUAUUUAUACCAGCGAUUUGUUAAAUUUAUUCGGCCUAAAUGUCGAUCCCGAGAAAAAAGCUGUAGCCUUCGCAGACGAUUUACUCGUUUAUAUCUCAGGUGAAAAAUGUACAACGAUAAAUGACUCACUCCAGUAA